UUAUUAAUUAUGUCCAUGCUACUGUUUUUCAGGCUCAGAAGAAACUUUCAGAUUCAGAAAUUUCGGAUUUACGGACGAUAUUCGAUCAAUUUGAUACGGAUCAUAGUGGACAAAUCUCCGCAGAUGAGCUAGUUACCGUGUUGAAUGCGAGUGGAAUGUAUCCAACAAAAGGCGAAAUCAAGAAAAUGCUAAAAGAGGCGGAUACAAAUAAGGACGGACAACUUGACUUUGAGGAAUUCACCUCGAUCUUUAUAAAACGGAAGGGAACGGUGGAUGAGAAGGGCACUUUGAGGGAAGCAUUUAAAGAAUUAGAUACGGACAAUUCCGGUUUCUUGGAUAGAAAAGAAUUAGAAGCCAUGUUCCAACCUGGCGAAAUUGAUGUAAUACUGAAAGAUUUCGAUAAAGAUGGUGACGGUAGAAUUGAUUAUGACGAGUUCCUGGACUGGCUAGCAUGAUACUGAAACAACUGUCAAAUGUCGACCAGAUUAUGACGUCAUAUUUCUUCAAAAGAUGUUAUCAACGUGUACAAAUCUAAAUGACGUCACGUCGCUUAUAAAAGUUAAAAAUUUACUGUCGAUCUAUUGCUACAAGAAAAUAUAUUCACAUGACUUAAUUUGAAUGAAAUCACAUAGCUUUAAAAACAUGACUACGUUUCUAAAUUUUAGUGACGUCACAUUACAACGAGAGACAAAUUUUGAUGACGUCACAUUGCAACGAGAGACAAAUUUUGAUGACGUCACAAUUCAAAAACAGAACAUGUAUAAGUGUGUAAAAAGUACUGGAACAAUAUCCAUAUUGCUACAUUGGAUGAAGUCACAGUGUUAUAAGUAUGUCUUUAUGGAUCUAAGAUGCUACCGCUUAAAAGACCUUGAUAUGAUUGUAUCGUUUUACUUCAUUCAUUCUAGGUAUCUUAUUCACAAAAUAUAUUUUGUUUGUCAUUGAUAAAGGUAAAGAAAUAUAAUUGAAUAGAAUCAUAUAUCAGAAAACAUGCUUACAAAAUAUACCAAAAUGUCUGAAACCAUAUUCACAAUAAAACAUAGAAACAAAGUAAAA